UGCACUUUUAUCUAAUAUAUAAUCAAGGUUAAAGAAAAAAGGUGAAGGAAGAGAAAAGAAAAGAAGAAGAAAGGUGGUGUAUAUGGUGGUUAGAUUUUAUUGUAUCGUGUGGUAGGAAUGGGUAGCGAAGAAGAGAGGGUUCUUGAGAACCAACUAGAACUUCAAUUGCACGAGCAAAGGGAUUCUCUCACUGCUAUCGAUCACGCUCUUCUCCUUGAUCCAACCAAUCCCGAACUCCUCGAGGUUCACGAGGAGCUUGUUCAGGCAAUUAAGGAUGCUGAGGAAGGACUUCUUCACCUAAAACGUUCAAGAUUAUUAUUUGAAGCAGACGCAGUGCUGCGUAGUACUAAUAUUUUUGCUGAAGAAGAGAAAGUAGAGCCACUUGAUCCUGCUGAUGUUGAACCAGAGCCACUAGAAGGAAAAUCCUUUUCUGUUGGAUCUAAAUGUAGAUUUCGUUACAAAGAUGGACGUUGGUACCAUGGUCAGGUGCUGCAAUUGGAUAAUUCAGUGGCAAAGAUUUCAUUUCUUACUCCUACAUCUGAAAAUAUGCUGGACCAGAACUCGGGGAAGACGAUUGGAACUGCUAGAGAGAUGAAUGGACUAUACUACCUUGAUGGACUUCAGUUUGGCAAUACAUCGUUUUUCGGUUCAAACAGAAUUGAUGUUCAACUGUCCUCCCUUAAGGAAUAUGUCCCAACAAUCUGGAAGCCUUCCCUUGCCGGGUCAAGUGUAUGGGCAGUCUCAAAUGCAAAUGCAGGAAUUUGGAGGGAAGCUGAGCUCGAGUCAUGGGAUGAAAAAGCCGGAGUUGGACAGGUUGUUUUCCGAGACGAUGGAAGUUCUGUGAAGCUUGGUGCACAAGAUGUGGUAUUAACUGAGUAUGCAGAUGUGAGUGACAUAGAUAGUGAUUUCAGCUCAGAACAAUCCGAUUACAGUGGCUCCGAGGAAGAGGAACCACAAGGUUUAGGAUUUAUGGAUAGUACCAACUUGCAGAAAGGCGUUCAAACUGAAACUGCUAUAUUUGCAAAGUGGGAGAAUCACACCAGAGGCAUAGCUUCCAAAAUGAUGGCGAAUAUGGGUUACCGAGAAGGAAUGGGCUUAGGUUUAACUGGUCAGGGUAUGGUUGAUCCCAUACCAGUUAAGGUCCUACCACCAAAGCAGUCAUUAGAUCAUGCACUCAAGUCUCAUAAAGUAGAAGGGAACACAGAGAAGCAAAGGAAGAAACGGACAAGAGGUGGUAGGAGAAAACGUGAGAAGAAAUUUGCAGAAGCAAUUCGUGCCGCAAAAGAAAAUGAAGAAUCAGCACCAGAUGUCUUUGCGCUAAUAAAUACUCAGCUAGCAAUGCAUGGUGAAGCUUCCAAUGACGGGGGAUCAAUGAAGAAGCAGCAAAGUAAAAGUUCAGGGGAAGGUAAAAAGGUGGAUAGGAGGGUGUUGGUUGCUUACGAGAAUGAUGUGAAGGAUUUGAAAGGGCAGGUUCAAAAGUUUGAACAAAUGGCGGAAGCAAACAAAAAAGAAAAGCCUGUUUAUGAUGCUGCUAUGAAAAAAUUAGUUCAAACUCGCAAGGCUUUGGCCGAGGCUGAAGCAGUUCAUGCCUCUGCCUCAAAUGAUGUUGUUAGCAAAGAAAAAGAGAAGAGAUGGCUUAAGUUUUAGUUAGUACUCGGAACUCAGUUCUGUUGGUAGUUUCAUAAUGUAAUGCCUUCACGGGUCUAAGUAACUACUACGAUACUAGUAUGUAGUUCAUGUACAUGCUCUGUUGUAGUGCAAGUGGAAGAUGUGUGUCAUUUUAUUUUAAUAAACCAUCAAUUUGAUUUUGAAACUAUCAUUUUAAAAUAAACCAUCAAUUUGACUUUGAAA